AUGGCUGCUGGAGUUGAUACCAUCAGUACGACAUCGUUGUGGCUCCUAUACUUACUCUCUCGAAAUCCAGACAAACAAGAGAAACUCUAUCAGGAACUAAAACCCUUGGAUUCUGACGAAGAUAUAUCCGUUAAUAAAACCGCCUCGUACCUCAAAGCAGCCUUGAAAGAGUCGUUACGCCUGCACCCAGUCGCUUCCAUUUUCAGCCGCGUAUUCACCCAAGAUAUCGAGCUUCAUGGUUAUCACAUACCAGCAGGAGUAAAUAUCCUGUUUCAAAAUCAUUUAGGGUCGAUUGAUGAGCGCUAUUUUGGCGAAGAUGCAAAGCAGUUUGUGCCAGAAAGAUGGCUUCGUGAUCUUGAUACUGGAAAUGUGAAGAGUUUUGAUCCGCUCGGUUCAUUGCCAUUUGGUCACGGUGUGAGAAUGUGUUUAGGACGGCGAGUAGCAGAGGCAUAUAUCUACACGUUAUUGAGCAAGAUAUUCAUGAAAUACCGAGUAGAGUUGUCUAGUAAACAGAGUGAUGUAAAAUCCGAUCUUGAAUGGAGGACUUAUGAGGCCAGAUCGGGAAAUUUUAUUCAAAUUUCUAUUGAGAUAGAAUACUUAAAAUAUAUGAACACAUACAUUUUUGAUACUAGAAAAAGUUUCAUGUAA